ACGGAACUCGACAGUCAACACGGCAAACUCCAGACACCAGAGUUCUGCACAUCGACCCGUCGUCCAAGCCCCUCCCCAAUCGCCGGACUUCCUGGACAACGAGCCCUCGGCCGCUACCACACACACAAACACACACACACAGCCAACAUGAGCGCCCAGGCAGACCCCGCCCAGCGGGUUGCGAUUGGCAUCUCGUUCGGAAACUCGUACAGCUCCAUUGCUUUUACCUCAAGCGAGGGCAAGGCCGAGGUCAUGGCCAACGAGGACGGCGACCGCCAGAUCCCCUCGAUCCUCUCGUACGUCGAGGGCGAGGAGCUGCACGGUGGCCAGGCGAAGGCCCAGCUCGUCCGCAACGCGAAGAACACGGUCGCCUACUUCCGCGACUUCUUGGGCCAGGACUUCAAGUCGAUCGACCCCACACCCGCCCACCAGUCGGCCCACGCCGUCGAGCACGCGGACACAGUCGCCUUCACGAUCCGCGACCGCGACGCCGAACAGGAGAACACCGUCACCGUCAGCGACGUCACAGCGCGCCACCUGCGGAGGCUGCGCUCGUCCGCGUCCGACUACCUGGGCAAGGACGUCAACGCCGCCGUCAUGACAGUGCCCACCAACUUCUCGGACGCCCAGAAGGACGCCCUGAAGAGGGCCGCCCAGGACGCCGGCCUCGAGGUCCUGCAGUUCAUCAACGAGCCCACCGCUGCCGUCCUGGCCUACGACGCCCGCCCUGACGCCAAGCUCGCCGACAAGAUGCUCGUUGUCGCUGACCUUGGUGGCACGCGCUCCGACGUCACCGUCAUCGCCUCGCGCGGCGGCAUCUACACCAUCCUGGCCGCCGUUCACGACUUCGAUGUCAGCGGCGCCAAGCUCGACCAGGUCCUGAUCGACUACUUCGCCAAGGAGUUCAUCAAGAAGCACAAGUCUGCCGGAGACCCCCGCGAGAACGAGCGGUCCAUGGCCAAGCUCAAGCUCGAGUGCGAGUCGGUCAAAAAGGCCCUAUCGAUUGGACAGUCGGCCAGCUUCUCCGUCGAGAGCCUGGCUGCCGGCAUCGACUUCACCGCCACCAUCAACCGCACCCGCUACGACUUGCUCGGCAACAAGCUCUUCGCCGCCUUCACCCGCCUCGUCUGCCACGCGGUCGAAAAGGCCGAGCUCGACCCCCUCGACAUCUCCGAGGUCAUCCUCGCUGGCGGUAACGCGCACACCCCCAAGGUCGCCUCUGCCGUUGCCAGCGCCUUUCCCGAGUCCACAACCGUCCUCGCGCCCUCGACCUCGUCGAGCGCCAUCAACCCCUCUGAGCUCGCCGUCCGCGGUGCCGCCAUCCAGGCCAGCCUGAUCCAGGAGUUCGAGGCCGAUGACAUUGAGCAGAGUCUGCACCCCAUGGUGACGGUGACACCGCACCUGUCCACCGCCGUCGGCGUGCUCCUCAUCUCCGGCGACGAGUCCAACGGCGUCUUCCACGCCAUCGUCGACGCCGAGACGCCGCUCCCCGUCCGCCGCACCGCGACCAUCACAACGCCCCGCGAGGGCGGCGACGUGCUGAUCAAGCUCGUCGAGGGCGCGCGCCACAUCAAGGUCACCAAGCCCGAGCCCAAGCCCAAGGCCGAGAAGUCCGAGUCCGACUCCGACGACGACGACAGCGAAGACGAGGAGGAGGAGCUGCGCGAGAAGACGUGGAAGAUUGGCGCGCCCCUCAGCGAGGCGGCGCUGCGUGGUGUCAAGAAGGGCGCCAGGGUCGAGGUCCAGAUCAACAUCCAGAACGACCUCAGCGUUACCGCGCUGUUCCGCGAGGUGGGCGGAAAGGGCGGUGUACGGGGGCAGAUCCAGGGGAAAGCUGCGAACGGCAGUGCUUAGAUGGUGAAAAGGUGGGGGAACGCGAGCGACGAUUAACGAUUGAUUGAUUGAAUAGACCAGCGUCCAACGAGGGAGCGCAAUAGACAAUCCAGCAUUCCAGGUUAGGUUAUUUUUCCCCACGCAGAGUAGAUAGCAUGCAACUCCACACACGUC